AUGUUCCCAUUCGGACAGUGGCUCAAUGCCGUAUAAUACGUGGACCAUUGAAUACUAGAUAUAUACUAUGCCCUUAGGGGCCGAUUGUUGUGAUAGCAAGAUGAUAGAUGAAUUCAAUACUGUUAACUUUAAAGUGAUUUAAAAAAGAAGAGCAUCAUGUUCAAUCUAAGUUAAAAAUGUUGUGCUACUACUAGUAGUACACACAUGUGUCUGUAUUAAUUUGCAACAAAGCCAUAUAAUCAUAUAGUAGCAAAAGUCUUCUCGUUAAGAUCCAUCAAAAUUACGUACAUGCAAAGUUGUACAGAAACAUUGGACUUUUUUUUUUAGGGGUCCAUCCAACAUUAGGAAAUCCACACGUAAAACUUGCAGUAAACCACCAACUCCAACUCUCCAAUUCUUCAAUAUCGAUAUCCUCAUUAACGGCAUCAUAACGCAAUCAUGCUUCGCUGGUACCAACGCAAGCUUGCCUCACGGCCACUUUUGACACAGGCCGUCACCACCGCUGUGCUAUUCGCAGUCGGAGACGUCACAGCUCAGCAAGUUGUCGAGAAGAAGGGCAUUGACAAGCACGAGUAUGCCCGUACAGGUCGCAUGUUCCUCUACGGCGGCGCGGUCUUCGGCCCCGCCGCCACGACCUGGUACGGAAUCCUGCAGCGGUCGAUCACGCUGCGCAACAAGCAGGCGGAGACGGUAGCGCGCGUGGCGGCCGACCAGCUCAUCUUCGCGCCGACCUUCAUCGGCAUCUUCCUGUCGAGCAUGGCCGUCAUGGAAGGCGGGUCGCCCCAGGAGAAGCUCGCCAAGAGCUACGUGCCCGCGCUGCAGACCAACUACCUCAUCUGGCCCUUCGUCCAGGCCGCCAACUUCACCCUCGUGCCCCUCCAGCACCGCGUCCUCGUCGUCAACGUCGUCAGCAUCGGCUGGAACUGCUACCUCAGCAUGAUCAACAGCCAGAAAUGAGCGACGGCCCUAAAGAGCUCCUGAAGUAACCACCCCUAACU